AUGACCUCUAUCAUCAAGCGAUUCUACACGAUCGUGGGCAAUGUCACGCUAGAGCACGUGAAACAACAAAACAAAAAUGGAGCACAGUGGGCUUUAAGCAUUGACAAAUGUGCAAAGGAAGAGGAAGCUGGUGACUCCAAAAUCAAGAAGGUUAAGAUUAAGGGUGCCAAAGCGCAUAAAUCCCACAAAGAUCCGAGUGAUCAACAGGACGUAAUUUCUCUGCAAUUCUUGGACGAAAAUGAAAGCCGUAUCAAGUCGAAGCAUGUGCAUGAGGAUGGAACGAGCAAAUAG